AUGUCGCGGCUGGGUCCGCGCAACGCGAAGUUCUUCCGCGCCGUUGACAGCGACGCGGACGGCUCGGGCGCCAAAGUCGGGCGCGCCUAUCAGCGCUGCGCGGAGACGGGGACCUUGAACCUGUCGAAUCAGAAGCUGUGCCCUGGCGACUCGCUUUCUGUAGCCAUUUGGUUGCUUGAAAGACUGCAUUUGCAGAAGGAAAAGACUGAAAAGCAAUUUUUGGCUGAGCGCAAAGAUGAAGAAUCCGUGAAGGGAAAGAAGAAAAGCAAGGAAACCUUGAAGAAGGACAACAAGACCGCCGAGAAAGCUGCACCAGCUGAGUCGAAGCCUGAACCCUUGAAGAAGAAGGACAACAAGACCGCCGAGAAAGCUGCACCAGCUGAGUCGAAGCCUGCAGCUGUGGCUUUGCUGCUCAAGGGGGAACCCUUGAAGAAGAAGGACAACAAGACCGCCGAGAAAGCUGCAGUUGCUGAGUCGAAGCCUGCAGCUGAAACUUUGAAGAAGGACAACAAGACCGCCGAGAAAGCUGCAGUUGCUGAGUCGAAGCCUGCAGCUGAAACUUUGAAGAAGGACAACAAGACCGCCGAGAAAGCUGCAGUUGCUGAUUCGAAGCCUGCAGCUGAACCCUUGAAGAAGAAGGACAACAAGACCGCCGAGAAAGCUGCACCAGCUGAGUCGAAGCCUGCAGCUGUGGCUUUGCUGCUCAAGGGGGAACCCUUGAAGAAGAAGGACAACAAGACCGCCGAGAAAGCUGCAGUUGCUGAGUCGAAGCCUGCAGCUGUGGCUUUGCUGCUCAAGGGGGAAACCUUGAAGAAGGACAACAAGACCGCCGAGAAAGCUGCAGUUGCUGAGUCGAAGCCUGCAGCUGUAUCUUUCCUGCUCUAG